GUGCACGUGCACUCGUGUCGGCUCGUGAUAUCAUUCUAGUCAGACGAAAAUCUCUCCCAUGCAAGCGGCCUAGACGAGCGGGCCAGACCGAACCAUGGAGAAGCUCAAGUGCGGGCCAAUCGUCGAACUUCGCGGCGACGACAUGGCCCGCGUUGUGUGGGACCUCGUCCGCGAGAAGGUCGUACUUCCCUUCGUGAACGUCGACCUCAAGGCAUUCGACUUGUCGAUCGAGAACCGGAACCAGACAAAUGACAUCGUAACACUUGAAGCGACGGACGCCCUUAGAAUUUACAACGUUGGUGUCAAGUGUGCCACUAUCACUGCUGAGAAAGAUGUCCUUGAAAUGUACCACCUGAAGAGAAUGUUCAAGUCUCCAAACGCUGCCAUCCGCAACUGCCUCGGUGGGGCUAUCUUCCGUGAACCAAUCGUCUGCAAAAAUGUGCCUCCUCUUGUUAAACAGUGGCGCAAACCCAUUAUCAUAGCAAGACACGCGUUCGGGGACCAGUACAACUGCAGAGACUUCGUCGUUCCUGGACCUGGAUCUCUGGAGAUUCGGUACACGCCUGUAACGGGAUCGCCUUACCACAUCAACGUGUGCGAAUUCGACGACACCCUCGGUGUAGCAGCUGCUAUGUACAACACUGACCGCUCGAUCACGGAGUUCGCCUACAGUUGCUUCCAGUACGCUCUUCAACGAAGCUAUCCACUCUACUUGAGCACCAAGGAGACGAUCCUCAAGAAGUACGACGGAAGAUUCAAAGACAUCUUUGAGCGUCUCUACGAGAAAAAGUAUAAACCAAGAUUCGCAGAGAAGAGCAUCUAUUUUCAGCACCGGCUCAUGGAUGACAUGGUAGCGCGUUCCUUACGAAUGGAAGGCGGUUUUGUGUGGGCUUGCAAGAACUACGACGGUGAUAUUCAAGCGGAUUUUAUUGCACAGGGUUUCGGAUCGCUGGGACUAAUGACCAGUGUGCUCAUCUGCCCAGACGGGAAAACUUUGGUCAGCGAAGGAGCUCACGGCACAGUAACUAAGCACUACCGACGCCAUAAAGCCGGCCUUGAGACUUCCACCAAUUCUAUGUCAUCUGUGUAUGCUUGGACUAGAGGGCUCACGCACCGAGGAAAGUUGGACGGCCAGCACAAGCUCGUGGCUUUCGCUAAGGCCCUCGAGAGGGUUUGUGUGGAGACCGUGGAAGCGGGCUUCAUGACUAAAGAUCUGGCGCUAUGCGUGAAAGGCUUCGGCAACGUGGAGCGGAAGGACUAUCUCAACACCUUUGAGUUCGUGGAUAAGCUUUCUGAACGCAUGCACGCCAAGUACAAAGAAAUGUUCACGGAGGAGCCAACGUAAUGCAGGGCGUGUAAAAUAAAGAAAUACGAACGAGUU